UCGUAGGAAUGUGCCUCCUUCGAUUUUACCUUUUUCGCCCUCUUCUCUUCGCCUAUUUGUGCUCGUGCUCCGCGCGGGCUAUCGUCGUGUCGUAUGACACGAACGGAAAGGGGGAUAAAUCGGGCGAUCGAGGAUUCAUCGUGGAAGACGUGACGAACGGUGAGAAGGAACGAGAAGAAUUCUCGAAAUCGAUACCUUGCAUCGCGAGCUUUUUGAAUCGCGCGACCGAUCCAGCGUGGACCUCGUUGAUGAUAUUGGACGACACAGAGGACGUGGCCCGCUCGUUCGCGACGAGCCUUCAAGAUCGUUUCGCUUUCUUGAAAUAUUCCGGCGAAAUGGAAUUCGAUACCAAGGAAUACGCGUUGAACGCCAUCCUUCUCAUGUCGAACGCCACCAGUUUCCGAGACGACGUGUACGCGAUCGAUCCUUGCACUCGCGACUGCCCCUUCUUCGUCGUAAUGACGGACGCGUUUCGAGACGAGGACGCCUUCCUCGAGGAAACGGACGCUUUGAUCCGAGCCAUGUGGACCCGCAGGAUCUUCACCGUGCUCGUUUUGGCCAGAGUUGGCCACGACGUGCUCGCCGCCCGCGCCACCUCCUUUCGACCCGACCAACCGUGCGCCCCGUCCUUCCCGAUCGUUCUCGACAAAUGCGGAACGAGUUCUUGGGACACGAACUCGAGGACGGAGCCGCCCAAAGGGAACAAGAAGUGUGUCCUGAGAAUAGCCUACUUCGACGAGCCUCCCUACGUGAUAACGACGAACGAGACGGAAAGUUUGCUGGGUUUCGAGGGCAUGCUGACCGAGGAGGUGUUGAGAAAUCGGAAGGUGGAGCGGGCGAAAGUGACGUGGAGCGAAAACGCGACCUUCGUGGAACAGAUAAGAGAGGUGUUGUACCAGGAAAAUGCCGACCUGGUGGUGGGUCGCGUCCUUCUCCAACCCCAGCAAGACAUCGAUUACUCGAGCUCGUACGACAUGUUGAAAGUGGUCUGGUUGAUCCCGAAGGUGACCAACGUGUCCCUGAAAGGAUUGAUUCAACCGUUCCACCCGUACGUAUGGGCGGCGUUGGGGGGAGCAUUGAUAUUGGCCGUCCUCGUGAAAAUCUUCCUGAUCCCCGACCUCGCCUACCUCGACAUAUUCGCUCUGAUAAUCGGUGCGUCGAUCGCCACCCGGCCCGGCAAACUCUCCGCUAAAAUCCAGUACAUCUCGUGGAGCAUUUUCGGCCUGUUUCUCAUGGAGGUGUACGUGGACGCUUUGGCCGAUCAGCUGAUCAACACGUCCGAGACGAAGAUCACGACCACGGAGGAGCUUCUUUCCUCGUCGUUCGGGAUCGGUGGGACAACGGCGUUCGAGGCUUUGUUCCUCGAGGACGCGCUCGAGGACGAAGAGGAGGGGAGCGGAGGUGUGGUCUUCUCGAGGAUACACGAAAAAUUCGUCACGUUCGAUCGGGACGAAUACGUGGGAUUGUACAACGACGUCGUGGAGGGAAGGAAUUCCUCGUACGCGCUGAUGAUCCUGUUGAAUUCCUCUCGAAGCGAGGGCAUCGACACUUUGCACGCGUACACCAUGUCCACGGACGUGAUAUACAGUUUCCCCCUGGCGUUGGCCGUUUGGAAAGGAUUCCCAAAAUUGAAACGCGUCAACGCCAAGAUCCGCGACUUCAUCGAUACGGGUAUUUUCGAUCACAUGAUCAAGUUGGCGAUACAAAAGGGCAGGCUGGCCAUGAUGUUCGAAUUCGCGGAGGAGGAAGAGUACAAGAUGAAUCUUCACUUGCAACACUUUGCCCCGGCGUUUCUCCUCAUGAUCAUCGGAUUCUCCAUCGGAUUUCUAUCGAUUAUCGUCGAAAUCGCGCUCUAUCCCUCCGAGCUUCUCUUCUUCUCCAACGACAAACGAGACAAUUUUUAACUUUUUUAUUAUCGUAUUCGAAAUUUCCUCGAAGCGAAUUUCUAGUUUUUAGCGAAAAGAGAGAGAGAAAAAAAAUGGAAAAAUUUCGAAUAUCAUUUUAUAUAAUAAAUUGGCUUUCGCUUUUUGAAUCGCAAACAGAUAUCGAAUCGCGGUAUAUAUGAAUGGACGCGCCAGCUAAAUGCACUGUAACUUCCUUGCCAAACCUAUCAGACCAACUAAUUCGUGUUAUGGACGUGCACAAUGAUUGUUGACGUUCAUUUGAUAAACGUCAUAAAUAUUUCAUUUCAAUAAACGAAUAUACGCUUG